GGACAGUUUUUUUUUUUUUGGUGGGGUCAAAGUACUCCGUCGUUUACCUCUCAUUCACAAUUAUAGUUGAUAAGCAUCAGUUAAAACAUUGCCGUAGUUAAUUGUUGCGGUCUGUGUGAAAAGGGGGAGUGUCUGCUUAUUAGAUCUCACUUUAGGGGUUGAUUGAAAAGAAGUAAUUUUUAGACAAUGCUUCACAUCUGGUCUAGUCUGAUUCAUCAGCUUCGCCAUGCAGCUUUCAGACGGUGCCAGUAACGCGCAGGUGUAACUAUGUUUCUUUGCAAAGUUAAGGUGCAGGAAUAACAUAUUUUGUGAAGGCAUCCACAGGCCGUUGGACACACUUCAAAGAAAACGUUCUUCAUGCUGAAUCUCUGUGUAUUUGAAAUCCACAAUGCCUUCCCCUAUUCCAGUAAGCCGUCUGCUGCCCAGAGAGUUCUGCCCUUCCCCAAACCUGGGACCUUAUAGCAGCCCGAUACACCGGCAUGGGAAAGAAGCGGACAUUAUUUUUUCCAUGCAAUAUCCUAAAUCACGGAUUGAGCUCCGACUUUCUUGGUGUGUGAUUAAUUGGGAACAUCUCAAGCUGCUUCAGCUUUUGGGCACUGGGGGCUUCGGGUCGGUGUACAAGGGCGCCUACUAUGGAAAAACGGUGGCAGUGAAAAUGGUCAAGAAGAGCACCAAAAACAAACUAGCGUCAAGACAAAGCUUUUGGUCGGAGUUGAACGCGGCCCACCUGAAUCACGAGAAUAUUGUUAAAUUUUUUGCUGCAACCACCUGCAUCCCCGAAAGCCUUGAAAACCAGGAUAAACUUGGCAUCAUAAUUAUGGAAUACACUGGGACCACCACUUUACACCAUGUUAUUUACAACAGCACAGACGCUUUGGGUAUGGAUACAUGUUUUAAGCAUUCUUUGGAUAUUGUUAAUGGAUUGGCUUUCUUGCACUCGAACAACAUCGCCCAUCUUGAUUUAAAGCCAGCUAACGUAUUGGUCACCGAAGACGGUGUCUGCAAAAUUGGUGAUUUUGGGUGUUCCCAGAAAUUGGUAAAGUAUAAAGAUUUGCUUUCUACAGAUCCCCGGAUUUGUCACGUGGGAGGUACGUACACUCAUAGAGCUCCGGAACUGCUAAAAGGCGAAAUCGCAACUUUGAAAGCAGACAUUUACUCGUUUGGCAUCACUCUUUGGCAACUGCUCACUAGGGACCAGCCGUAUACAGGUGAUCGCCAACACGUGUUAUAUGUUGUGGUUGCGUAUAAUUUACGCCCUGUGGUCACAAAGAACGUUUUUAAUGAAACAGUUUUAGGACAAACUUGUAAAUCUGUUCUGGACGGGUGCUGGAAUGCUGACCCCCUGGAAAGACCCAGCGCCAAACAUCUGCUAGACAAAAUUGGCAUGAUGCAGGACAUGUACAACAGGUUGUAAAUAUGUAAUUUUAAAUUGGUGUGUUUUUUUUUUUUAUAUUGUAUAAUGGAACUUGUUGCUUAUUAAAAUAUGUACCUGUAUUUUGCUUGUGUGGAUCUCCGUUUUGAUGCAAAAAAAGUAAUUUUUUUAAAUAAAUCAUGGGUAUCAAAUGCCUCUUGUUUAAUAAAGGAUUGACACGUUUUGUAUUCUGA